AUGGCUGCUGGCCUGCAGCAUACCGUGCUUCUUUGCUGUGAUGGUGAAGCUGUGGCCUUCGGCAAAAAUGACAUGGGGCAAUGUGAGCUUCCGGAGCUGCCUGACGGAAGGUGCUACAUUUCUGCAUCUGCUGGUAUCAAUCACACACUCUUGCUGCAAGACGACGGGUACAUAGUGGCCUGCGGCGGUCGCAGUGAAGGUCAGUGUGAGGUUCCCGAUUUGCCCGACGGUCUGAGAUAUGUGCAAGCUGCUGCAGGGUACUGUUUCUCGAUCGUUAUCAGGGAGGAUGGUGCGGCAUUUGCCUUUGGAGAUGAUACGGCUGGGCAGUGCAGGAUACCUGCGCUGCCACCCGGAGAACGCUAUGUAUCCGUUUCGGCUAGCCGCACACAUGCUGUGCUACUUCGAGACGACGGACAAGCCAUAGCUUGGGGGCACGGCCAAGCAGGCGAAUGCAGAGUGCCAGAGCUCCCUGAUGGGCUUCAGUAUGUCGAUGCUGCUGCAGGUGGAAGCCACACAGUUCUCAUCCGAUCAGAUGGUGUGGCUCUGGCAUUUGGUCACAACGGCGCUGGCCAGUGUGACUUGCCAGACCUACCACAGGAUUCGGGCCUGCGAUACAUUGCAUGUGCGGCUUCCUGGACUCACACAGUGCUCUUACGUGACGAUGGUGAAGUGUUUGCUUUUGGUGGCAAUGGCCGAGGGCAGUGCAAUGUGCCACCCUUGGCAGAUGGGCUCUCCUAUGUGGGAGUAGCAGCUGGAGGUGCUCAUACACUGCUGCUGCGAAGCGAUGGGAUUCCUGUGCUCUUUGGUGACAACAGGUGUGGCCAAUGCUCACCGCCGGAAUUGGAUUCAUCAGUCCGAUGUGUUCCACCUGCCGAUCCCUGGCCUGUCAUGGUAGUGACGCUCCUGGCAGAGGAUGGGAUCCUCACGGCUUGCUGUGCUUCUGGAGCCCAGCUCCCGUUGCAACCCGCAGCUUUGGGUCUCUUGCGAAGAGAGCUCUCUCGGCGGCUCCAAUUGCCUCCCAAGAGGCUACAGCUUGUUUUGAGGGAUGGUACCUUGUUGACUUCCGAUGAGAACAUCAACGACCUCCUUGAGGUGAUUUGA